AUGGAGAAGACUGUUAGGGAACAAGUUGAAGGGUUUCAGUCUGCAGCUGAGGUGUGGACAAGCAUUGAGAAACAGUUCUCAGGAAAAUCGAACAAGAUGCAAGUCAGUAGGAUUUUUCAUGAAUUGAGGCAGAUCAAGCAAGAGCAGAAGACAGUGACUGAAUUUGCGGGAGAAAUCAAGAAACUCUAUAGAGACCUGGAGUAUUUUAGACCAUUUAAGGCACAUGAUCCCAGGGACGUACCCCUCCUUCGAGAGUGGUUUGAACCAUUGUUGGUUCAGACUUUUCUUGAUGGUCUGAACUCAGAGUUCAAUCUCCGUUCCCAACUCAUACAAGCCACAACAGAUUGGCCUACAUUGGAUCAAGCCAUCUCAAGUAUACUUGAGGAAGAAACACGGCUGGCCAAUCAGAUCACAACUUCACAAACAAAUGUUGAUAGCAGAGCUGCACUAUCUUCAGUUAAGCAAAUUCAGUCUCCUGGUACUUCAAGAAAUGAGCAAGCAAAUGCUACUAGAUUCGACUACACGAGAAAGCCUAAGAUGGUGUGUGACCACUGUAAAAAACCAGGCCAUUUGAAGAAGAGUUGUUUUGAUAUAGUUGGUUAUCCUCCUGGAUGGCAACCGAAACAAUUUAACAGAUUCACUAGUGGUGGUAGUAAUGCAAGAAGACCAGAUCGAGCUCAUCUUACUUUAUCUGGGGGAGAACGGUCUGCUGUAAUAGCCCAAGCACUUGAAGAAUUUAAAGGCAAACUUAUGGCAAAUACUUCAGAAGGCCCUGCUGAAGCUACAUCUGAUGCUCAUUCUGGGAAAGGAUCUGAAGACAAGAAGAAAUCUUGGGACUAGAAUUGAGCACGACGGCCUCUACUACCUUACCAAUGCCUCCUCUCCAUCUCCAUAUGCCCUCG